AUGGAUCUUUUCUCGUUGCAUCGCUUCCCUAAUUACCGAGAAGAAUUCACGCGGUGCACCACGUUUCCUCGGCAGUGGGACUUUCGAUACAGCAAAGCCGAGUUGGCCGAGAACGGAUUCAUCAGCGUCGACGGCAGCUCCUGGGUGGUGUGCUUUUCUUGCGGCCUCGAGAUCAAUGUCCAGGUGGACAACAGGGACACUUUGUUGGUGCAACAUUCAACCAAAUCUGCGUCAUGCUCCAUGGUGACCGGUAACCACAGCAUCAACAUUCCUCUGCCUCACAAAACCAUCUACAAAUGCGAGAAGGACAGACUGUACUCCUUCCUGAUCAGCCACUUUCCCUGGCCGGUGGACGUCUACAGUCUGGCCAAAGACGGAUUCUACUACGACCAGGGUAAGAGGUCUUCCUGCUGCUUCGAAUGCAAACUCCAAAUCGGAAGCUGGACCCAAGGCGACACGUCCGCGUCGGAACACAGCAAGUACAGUCCGAAUUGCAGGUUCUACCUGAACGGAGAAGGCGUGGAAAACGUACCCUUGGGACAGGAGGACACGCCUCUCGGUCGGCAAGUUGUCCAAUCCUCCUUCUCUGAGGGAACCGCACCCUUCAUAAGUGCAGUUCACGUUGUUGAACGGCCCAAGAUUCCAAAAUACAAAGAAUCCAAAGACAGAUUAGACACGUUCUCGACCUGGCCGGCGAGCAUGAAGCAGAGACCUGGCGAACUGGCUGACGCAGGAUUUUUCUACACGUCGCGAGGAGACCUCGUCCAAUGCUAUCAGUGCGGAGGAGGAUUCAAGUUCUGGGGCCGAGAAGACGUGCCCUGGGAGCAGCACGCGAUCGCAUUUCCGGAAUGCCCUCUCGUCAGGGCACUGGCCAAGACGCACAAGACGUUCCUCGACCUGAAACGGACCAAAAGCUCGACCAUCGUGGCUAUGCGGAAUCCAAACCAUCCAGAUCAGGAGCAAGAAACCAAAAUCGAGAUCGAUGGCGAAGGUGCUUCCAGCAUGGCGACUGCAGGAGCAGGAGGGGAGGUGAAGGAGGUGCGUCUGUGCAAGGUGUGUCUCACCAACGAGUUGGGAAUUGUUUUCCUGCCCUGCGCGCACAUGGUCACUUGUCCUGAGUGUGCGCCUCAGCUCACUUCCUGUCCUAUUUGCCGGUCAAAGUUCAGUGCUUAUGUUCGAUCUUUUCUGCCUUGA